GUCAACUGUGUGAGGCGGAGCCGCGUCAUUUGAGGACCCGCGAGAAGCACAGAAAACAAAAUGUCUCGGGACCGUUUCAGGAACCGCGGCGGUUUCCAGAGGCGUGGGGGAAUGAGCCCCCCGGUCCGCGGCGGCGGCAACAGGAACAACGCCCCCCACCGACCAAACGGGGCGGGAAACCCGCUCGAGGCCCUGAAGCCUCCGCAGCCCACGCCAGGCCCCGGCCCGCAGCAGUCCCCGGCUGCCAAGGCCGCCGCCCAGGCCUCUCAGAAGCCACAGGAGCCCGACAAGAAGAACGGCGAGGCGGCGGCCGCGCCCAGCCCCGCGGUAGCGGCGGCGGUGACGGCCCGAGGGGGCGCGGGUGGCGAGGCCAAGCAGCACCCGGGCCCCGAGAGUCAGGCCCAGGCCCGGCAGCAGCGCCAGGAGCAGCAGUUAGAGCAGCGGCAGGAGCAGGAGAUCCUGAGGGCACAGCUGUCGCUGCUCCGCAAACCCGGCGAGAAGACCUACACCCAGCGCUGCCGCCUCUUCGUCGGGAACCUGCCGGCCGACAUCACCGAGGCCGACUUCAAGCGGCUGUUUGAGAAAUACGGCGACCCCGGGGAGGUGUUCAUCAACAAGGGCAAAGGCUUCGGCUUCAUCCGCCUGGAGAGCAGAACUUUGGCUGAGAUAGCCAAAGCUGAACUUGAUGAUACCCUAAUGAGAGGUAGACCUCUUCGCAUCCGUUUUGCUACACAUUCUGCAGCUCUGACUGUGCGGAAUCUCUCGCCCUACGUCUCUAAUGAACUACUCGAAGAAGCAUUCUGCCAGUUUGGUCAAGUGGAGAGGACCAUUGUAAUUGUGGAUGAUCGUGGCAGGUCAACUGGGAAAGGAAUAGUUGAGUUUGCCACCAAACCAGCAGCAAGGAAGGCUCUUGAACGAUGCAAUGAGGGCGUGUUUCUUUUAACAGCGUCCCCCAGACCUGUGAUUGUGGAACCAAUGGAACAAUAUGAUGAUGAGGAUGGCCUUCCAGAGAAGCUUGCGCAGAGGAAUCCUAUGUAUCAAAAGGAGAGGGAACAUCCUCCUCGCUUUGCUCAACAUGGUUCGUUUGAGUUUGAAUAUUCCCAGAGAUGGAAGUCUCUUGAUGAAAUGGAGAAACAGCAAAGAGAUCAAGUGGAAAAGAACAUGAGGGAAGCUAGAGACAAACUGGAAAAUGAAAUGGAGGAUGCAUACCAUGAACAUCAGGCAAUGCUGCUGAGACAAGAUCUUAUGAGGCGUCAAGAGGAGCUUCGUCGUAUGGAGGAGCUUCACAACCAAGAAGUACAGAAACGUAAACAACUGGAGUUGAGGCAAGAGGAAGAGAGACGUAGAAGAGAGGAGGAAAUGUUGAUGCGUCAGCGGGAGAAGGAAGAGAUGAUGAGACGCCAGAGAGAGGAGAACUUCAGAAUGGGUUACAUGGAUCCACGGGAGCGAGAGAUGCGAAUGGGUGGUGGCAUUGCAGAUCAAUUUCCACCUGGUAACCAGAGCUUCCCACCUAUGGGAGGAAUGGGCUAUGAAGGCCAUAAUGCAAUGAAUAGCCCCGGAGGACCCAGUGCGAUGAGUGGACAGAUGAUGGGUGCUGGUGGCGCCAGCAACGACAUGGCAGGGCGUAAUGAUCGCUUUGGACAGGGACCCCCAGGUCCUAUGAAUGCUCAAGCCCCCCGUCCAAUGGGGCCUAGUGGGCCUAGUUUUGGUAGAGGGAGAGAAGAAUAUGAAGGAGCUAACAAGAAGCCUAGAUACUAGAGUUCAUACUUUCUUGUAGAGUGCAUUCCAGAUAUGGUCUUUCAUUUAGACAUGGACUCUUCAUUUUUAACAUUUUGUUUUAGUUGGCAGCAACAGUUGCAUUUUAUGCCUAUUUAGAUUUGUGUAUUCACUAAAGUAUCUGUAAAUGUAACAUUUCACGUUGGCACAUUGUGAAUGUUGAAUUAUGUCGUCGAGCAACAGUGAUAGUGCAAGUAGGCAACGUUUCCCAGUACUGACUGUACACUGAAGUGCCAUUAAAACUCUAGAAAGUAUGCUCCAUGUAUUUUUGUUCUGAAUCGUUAUAGAAGCAUGUGUUAAAAUGUGCAGGCUAAAAUGCCUGUUUUGAAAUGGUGGCAUUCUGUAUUUUGGUGCGUCUUUUUUAAAAUUAAAGCCCAUUCGUAGUGCUAA